UUCAUUCAUUUGCUUUGAAGAGUGUGUAUUUAAUAAGUGUAACUUUAUCCGCGUUCUUGCUGACCAUUUUUUUUGCGGAAGAAAAUCAUCCCAUUUGCUGCUUGAAACGCAUUAUGGGAAUUUAAAUAUGGCGACCAACGUAGGUGAGGAAACUGUUUCGGACGGAGAUCCAAAACAGGUUGUUCCGCCCUCUAAUGUGCAAGAAGUCUCGGAAGACAAAGAACAGAAUCCUUAUAGUGACUUUGCUAGUGCCAAACCGCCUGAGAUAAUCCAGCCCAGUCCACAAGAAACGCAGAUAAAGCGAGUCGAUCCAAGACAUCAGUGGAUCAACACAGAUAAAGCAGUACCUUACUUCUGUAAACUAUGCGACUACACUGCAGACUGUUCGGAGGCUUACCAGUAUCAUUGCAUGAGUGCACGACACAUAAAGCGUGCGAUUGAGGAAUUUAAUAUCAAAAUUCCAAAGAGACUAGAAGAGAAAGAGGAAAAAAAGCCCCCUCCUCAAUACAAUUGUCAGGUGUGUUUAGUAACAUGCAAUAGUGACUCUGCUUGGAAUGCUCACCUGAUCGGUCAAAAGCACAGAAAGGCUCUUGAGAAACAAGGAGCAGAGAGAGCACAGCAAAAAGCCCUGGAGAGAGGUUUAAUGAACACAGCAAUGAACACAGGAUUCAGUAGGGGUGGCAGAGGAGGGGGUGGUCCUGUCAGGGGAGGGGCAUAUCUGCCAGGUCAUUCACGCAAACCCUAUGACAAGCCAGUGCAUGCUGUUCAACAGCCCAGUCUGAAUGGUCCAAUUGGAGCCAAAGACUUUGCCACAUACCCUGAGCCACUUAUUGGCCUGGAGCAUGUUACAGAAAUCCAGGUUAUAGGACAGAGUCCAAGGUAUCACUGCAAACUAUGCGACUCCAAAUUUGAUCACAACUUGAAGUUCCCACAUCUUGUUGGAAGUAAACAUCGUUUCAAUGUACUGAAAGAGAAGGUCCCAGCUGUAGCUCAGAGUAUCCGUGGAGGUGUCCAAAAGCGAUCAGAACUGUCCAGCAGGCUGCUUGAAGAAGCACGUAAAUUAGAGAUGGUGCUUGGUCGACAACAAGUGAAAACUAGAGUUGAAAAGAGCCCUUUCAUUGUCAUCAACAACAAAGCAGCAAACAACCAACCAGUUACACAGCAAAUGGGUAGAGGAGCAAAGCAGCCAUGGCAAAGUGCGAGAGGAAGAGGACAUGGACAUGGUAAUAUGAGGGGUGGACGGGGAGCACAAGGAAAUUCCUUUUCCGGACGAGGGCAGGCAACUAUGAGGGGAGGAGGAGGUGGGCAGCAAGGGAAUCCUCAUAAUUACAACCAGCAACAGCCUACAGCAUCAAACCGUGGUGGUAGGGGUAGAGCAAGAGUGUCACAAGGUGGGAGAAAGCAGAAUCAGUCCUGGAGUCAAAAUUACUCCCUUUAUGAGAGUCAACCCGAUCACACAUUCCCCACUGGGUCAUAUGGCGGAAAUGAUGACAUUGACUUAGAAUGGAACAGUGGCAGACAUGGAGAAGGGAAUAUGAUGCUACCCCCAGAGGAAUUCAAACCUAGAUCUCCGCCUAGACUGACACAGCACAGCGACAAUCGUGAUAACUUUUAUGACAGUUACUAUGGAAACAACAGUGGCUCAAAUUAUGAGCUCAAUAGCUCCUAUCAUAAUCAAACCACAAGCGAACAAAGGUCUGACCCAUAUGGGCAGAUGCCCAGUGCUAAUGAACAAAGGUUUCACCCGUACGGACAGCCACCCACGGCUGUUGGUGGAAGUGUCACCGGUGGUAGUAGCAGUGCUGCUGGAAGUGCUAGCAGUAGAGAUAGUGCUCCAAAUAAUAUGAGCCUUCUCCAAGGAGCAAUUGAAGAUUUGGGAAAACUUGUGACCAGCGAAGAAGACGCGUCAAUGGCGUUACAUGUGUCUAAUGCCCUAACACAGGCCUUGCUACAGUUUCGCAUGAACAACUUACCAAAGGAGAGUCUCGGUGACAGCAACGCAACAGUUGGUACUACAUCGACAAACCCUGGGACCUGAAUCCACUCGUGUCAAAAUGACUCAAAAACCAUUUGAACGCUGCAAUUAAGUGAUCAUUUGGUACUCGCGCACUUGGUGUGUAUAACAAACGCUUUAAGUUAUGAAAAAGAAAAGUUAAUAAAUAGGAAGAUGACAUUUUAAGAGUAGAAUUACUUUACAAAUAGUCUUUGAUCAAAUUGUGGCUAAUGUAAAGGUACAUUGAUGGGUUUUGUUGGUUUAGGCCGAAUUUACCCUGUUGAUGUUUACCUGAUUUUGAUCCUGGGUAUGUUUUAUUGAUCAGCUGUUCCUUUUUCUGUCACAGUGUAAUUUUUAACGAUCUCAUAUCCUCAACUCAAGAAAAAGAUUGAUGUUAAAUAGGAUUUCAAAGUUAUAUGUUCCUCUAUCUUUGUUGAUUUUAAGUAAAUAAAGAACGUAAAACGAGUAAAGUUAA